AUGGCCUCCGCCGACGUCGCCCACACCCUAGCCUACGCCAAUCUGCUCGACGUCUUCAGCAACCGGGACCGCGAGUCGCGCCGCCGUGCCAUCCAAGAAACGUACCACGCAGACGUGACCUUCUACGAGCCGGACUCGGUCGUCACCGGCCACGACGGGGUCGACAGCAAAUGCGAGGAACUGCUCGGCGCGCGCAAGGGGUGGGGGUUCGUGCCCGUGGGCAACGUGCAGCGCAACCACGGCAUGGUCUAUCUCGCAUGGGGGUUUGGGCCGCAGGACACGGCGACCGGCGAGGUCGAGGUCAAGGUCAAGGGGGCGGAUGUGCUGAUGGUGGAGGAGGGCAAGAUCCGCAAGUUCUGGGUCAUUAUCGAGGGGGUGACGGAUUCAAAGUCUUCUUGA